AUGCACUGGAGUUCACUUACCGCGCUCGCACUUGUGGCGCCUUCGACGGCGUUGAUCCGAUUUGGCUGCUCGCAGCUCACCGUCCAACGCGUAGAUCCGCUCGUCAACCCCGGACUCUCUCCCUCUCCUCAUCUUCACCAGAUCAUUGGUGGCAAUGCCUUCAACCUCUCCAUGGACCCCCGAGAAGACAUUGGAGAGAAGGCCACAUGCACAACCUGCCAGUUCUCAGAGGAUUUCUCCAACUACUGGACCGCCGUACUCUUCUUCCGUGCCCGCAACGGCUCCUACCACCGGGUCCCGCAGGUUCCCAACAUCGGCUUCGAAGGCUCCAACGGAGGCAUGACCGUGUACUACAUGCAGGACGGGCUGGCCAACUACCAGCAAACAUCCAAGGUAACCGCCUUCAAGCAAGGAUUCCGCAUGCUCAUCGGCGAAGCUUCCUAUCGGAGCAAGCAGCAAGCUACGCGGUUCCGGCAGAUCACGUACACAUGUCUUCAGGACCCUGGCACCCGGUUCCCCGAGUCCAUGAACUUCCCAACCAAGCCGUGCCCGGCCGGGAUCAUGGCCAAUUUGAGGUUCCCAACCUGCUGGGAUGGCAAGAACCUCGAUACGCCGGAUCACAUGAGCCACAUGGAAUAUCCGGAGUCCGGGACCUUUGAGAAUGGUGGGCCUUGCCCGGCUAGCCAUCCAGUGCGGGUGCCCCAGUUGAUGUAUGAGACCAUCUGGGACACAAGCAAGUUCAACGAUAAAGAGCUUUGGCCUGAGGAUGGAAGCCAACCUUUUGUUUGGUCUAUGGGUGAUUAUACCGGGUUCGGAUCCCACGGCGAUUAUGUCUUUGGUUGGAAGGGCGAUUCCCUGCAGCGGGCUAUGGACUCGGCGUGCUAUGUUAACUGCCCGACCCUGAAGACGCAGAGCGUGUCGGCAAUGAACAAGUGCAAGUACAACGAGGUACUCGUGGAUGAGCCAAUCGAUGGAUGGCUCGAUUCCAUUCCCGGAAUGGAGGGGAUGGAGAAGAAGUAG